AUGGCUGCUAUGCGCGGUUCCUUUGAAGAAGGUUAUCGCCUUCUUCCUCAGUACUGUGAACAAGUUAAAAGGACCAAUCCAGGGAGUAUAGCAUCAGUUUACGCAAAUCCUGCUGAUAAUUGCUUUNGUGAGGGCUGCCCUUGGCGCAUUCAUGCUGCCAAACUUCCAGGUGUACCCACAUUCACUAUCAGAACAAUUCAUGACAACCAUACAUGUGGAGGAAUCGCGCAUCUCGGCCAUCAGCAAGCCUCAGUUCAGUGGGUGGCCAACUCUGUGGAGCAACGGCUCCGGGAAAACCCAAAUUGCAAGCCAAAAGAGAUCCUUGAAGAAAUUCACCGGACUCAUGGAAUCACCCUGUCGUACAAACAAGCUUGGCGUGGAAAGGAACGAAUAAUGGCUGCUAUGCGCGGUUCCUUUGAAGAAGGUUAUCGCCUUCUUCCUCAGUACUGUGAACAAGUUAAAAGGACCAAUCCAGGGAGUAUAGCAUCAGUUUACGCAAAUCCUGCUGAUAAUUGCUUUCAGCGGCUUUUUAUAUCAUUUCAGGCUUCUAUUUUUGGUUUUCUAAAUGCUUGUCGCCCUCUUCUUGGGCUUGAUCGGACGUUCUUGAAAAGUAAAUAUCUUGGUACUUUACUUUUAGCUACUGGCUUUGAUGGAGAUGGCGGCCUUUUUCCGCUAGCAUUUGGUGUUGUUGAUGAGGAAAAUGAUGAUAAUUGGAUGUGGUUUCUCUCUGAACUUCAUACCUUGCUAGAGGUCAAUACAGAAAACAUGCCAAGGCUUACCAUCUUGUCUGACAGGCAGAAGGGCAUUGUAGAUGGUGUUGAAGCAAAUUUCCCCACUGCUUUCCAUGGUUUUUGCAUGCGUCAUUUGAGUGAAAGCUUCCGUAAGGAAUUCAACAAUACAAUGCUUGUUAACCUGUUGUGGGAGGCCGCACAUGCUCUUACAGUAAUUGAGUUCGAAGCAAAAGUUCUCGAGAUUGAGGAAAUAUCACAGGAUGCUGCAUAUUGGAUUCGGCGGAUUCCUCCACGAUU